AUACAGCGCUGCCGCAAUAUGACAUACAAUUGCGAACAGGUGGCAGCUCCGUAGCUAGCAGCUGUUAUUCCUAAUUCUUUCGGCAAUCACAUAAUCUAUGGCUGGAACUAAAGUGCUUCGUGCCUUGUUACACGAGCUGCGUCAAGCUGCCCAUGAUCCUGGCAGCAUUAAAAACUCUUUAGCGGCCCGCUAUAUUCUGGCGCAGUACAAAAAAUUUGAAACAACCGAUCAGCAGCUAUGCAAGGCCCGAAACGAGGCCAUGUUUCUGGGUCAAACAUAUUUAACCUACCUGAGUAGUCUGCGCAAAUACAACGCGCUAUACAAGGAUUAUCAUGGACGUGGCGAACGCACUGUGAAAGACACAGCGGACCUUGUGGGCUUCAAGUUACCGACGGAUCCAAAGUGAGCGUAGUACAUAUGUAUUUAACGUGAACUAUGUAGAUACACUGUGAAUUGUAAGGCAAUAAAUAUCCAGAAAUGAAGAAA